AUGGACACAGAACUUGAAAAAAAGUUGUUAAGCCUCGACAUCAAUGGCCAGAGAGCCGAAAUACGAUCCCUCCUGUUAUCGGUUGAGACAGAUCUUGACCUGGCUGCUGACGAACCAUAUGGAAAUGCUGAUCAAUCCAUCAUUCUGAAAUCCAAGGAUCGUGAUCUUUGUCGAGAUCUCUUUGCCAUUGGCGGUGAUGUUAAUGCGACUGGAAAUGCUUAUGCUUUUUCGUCCUUUGGCCUGAAUUGUAUGGCAGGUGAAUUUUUGUAUGUUCAAUAUUGGCUGGAGGAGAUUUGUGACGGGGUGACACAGCCGUUGAGCAGAUCGGGACGUCUCAGGAAGGUGUUGGAAUCUCGAGAAACAUCCCUUCGAUUAAGCCCCUUGCUCUUGAUGGUGUCAGCAGGGAAGACUUUUCCUAAACAGCAACAGCUCCGAGUUGCUAAACUUUUGCUCCGUUAUGGAGCAAGUCCAGAUGCCAAAGAUGUCUUGGGCAAGACUGUGGUUCACUACGGAGCCGGAGCUCUUGCAACUCCCAUGAGCAUGGAAAUUGCUGACAUGUGUAUAAAAGCGGCCGAAAGCUCAGACAGGUAUGGUAAAAGUGCCAAACUAGAAGGUUUAGAAGACGCUGCCAUGAAUGGAAAGAAAGGGUGGGUUGGCGGUUUCGACGUGGAUUCGGGACGACGGGGGAUCUACAUUCCUGAAUUGAAGAAGGAAAUAUGGGUGAAGCCAAGCAAUCUUCGGAUCACCACUAAAACAGUCGAGCCGGAUCCAACGUCAAACCUCAGUGGAAAAGAGGCCGUGCUGGAGGGACUGAAGGAUGAUAAAAUGAAUGGAAAGGAAGGAAUUCUCGGCAAAUAUGAUCCCGAACAAGAACGCAGAUCCAUAUUUAUUACUGAAUUGAAGAAACAGGUGUGGGCAAAGCCCGUGAACAUUCGGCUUUCCAAAAACAAGCCAAAGCUUACCGAUGUAAAAGACCGAUUUGGGGGUGUUUCCCUUCACGAAGUCGUGAUGGGCAAUCGGGUCGAUGUCGCAGAGUUUCUCUUGCAAACCCACGGGACAAGUAUCCACACAAAGGAUGCGGAUGGGAUAUCGCCCAUGACGAUGACUAUGGGUGAUAGAAUAUUGUGGAGAACCCAGGUGGGCAAAAUGAUAUCGAUAAUUGCCAGGGCCGAGGCUGCCGCAGGGCGCAUGGAGGCCAAGAAGACUAAGAAGUAA